UAUUGUUAAUACUGUAUAUGAUUUAAUUCAUUUUUAAGCAUUGUUUCAGGCAGAGCGUCCUGGUCACUAAGGUGACAGAACUGAGAAUUCUUCCUCUGAUGUAUCUGUAGCAAGAAUAGUCAUCUUCAAUGUCUUCCAAAUUACCUGAGUUUUCUUCCUUUUAACAUAAUAAAUAUACCUUAAUGAACUUGUAGAAAAUCCUACUUGCACAUUGUGGCACAGCAUGUCUUUUUGAGAUAUUAUUUAACUACAUUUUUUAAGCACAAACUCGAUAACAUUCUGGUUCAAUGUUAUCUGACACGCCUAACAGGUAGUGAUUAGCAUUCUUUGCUACUAUUACAAAGCAGGACCACACCCCAGAGCACUAUAUUCAGGAAGGACCAGUAUUACAAUGCUGUCUUAGCAGGUGAAAGCUGGUUGCAUCAGGUGCUGAAGAGUCUUUCUGUUUUUUCUGCUCUUGUCUACUCUUGCCAACAUAGUUAUGCUGGAGAUGCUGAACAUUUACUGAAAAAGCACAGAUCCUAUUUUAAACUAGAUUUCCAACAUUUUAUUUCCAAAUAUGGGACAGGUGCAGUCUCCGGAGCCGGUCCAGGACAGCAAGCCUGAUGUCCUAUGUGAUGUUUUCAGCCAAGGUGUAGUGCAUGCAUCUCAAAGGCUGAGAGAGUACUUGGGGUUCGAAGAUCCACAGAGCAAACUGCAGCCCAGCACAGACACGCUUAAUGAGAUUUUUCUUGUCAAUUUUAUCUCUUUCUGCAUGGAGAAAGGUGUGGAGGAGCACAUUACCACAAGCAAGAUGACAAAACAACAGUCUCUACUGUUUGGAGUGGACUGGAUAUGGACAAUUUUUGGGCCUGACAAAAAUAUCAGGCUCCAGUUUACUGUUCAAACGUGUCAGCUGUCAGAUUUGGCAGUGAACGAGAGCGGUCAGUCAGAGCAGCCCUGUAGAAAUGGAAAAGAGACUGCCACGUUGGAUGUGCUGUAUACAAACAAGGACAGGUUUGAGAAACUAGAGGAAUUUUGUUCACUGGUCGGACAAGACUGUGUGGGACUUUUCAUUGUGUUUGGACUGCCUGGAAAGCCAAAGGAAAUCAGAGGAGCACUUUUGGAUAGUGUCCAGACCAAAAAGGGUAAAAAGUCAUUCUCCGGGGAUAGUUUGGUGAAGGAUUAUAUUAUGAAUACAGAGUCAUUUCUUUCCACACGAGAGAUUCUGGAGCACUGCUUGAGCAAAAAGAAUAGACUCAAAAUUGUGGGAAAUGUUUACAUCAAUUUCCUUUAACCAUGACUUUUUUCCCCCUUUUUUGGUAUAUCAAAACUUAAUUUAGGUAACACUUUUAAUCCCUCAAAUUUAGCGUUCUACUUUGAUUUAUUGCUUUAAUUUCAAUUAAAUGAGUUGACUUAUUUAGUAGUGCAAUACUGUAAAUACAUAUAUGGUAUCGUUUCACUUUCAAGUGAUACUUGCAUUAAACAACUAUUCAAAAGAUAUUUCCUUCAAGUAUGGUUUGCACCACACCAAGAUUGUGACCAUAAAGUAGAUUACUAUGGAAGCAAUAACAUUUUAUAUUUUAAGUAUGUUACCAGGGAUUUAUAUGGCUGCCAAGUGGACACAUUUUAUACAGAAGUAAAUGCGAAUGAACACUUGCAUGUAUAUUUAAAUAACAAAUGAAUUGAGGUAAACUGUGUACUGGUGAACUAUUUACUUAUAAACUUGUUUGCUGACUGUGAAAAGGGCCUGUAGAAAAUGUAUAAUACUUAACCAAUUUGAAGCUACAGAAGGUCAGUGUCUUUGACGUUGUUAAAAAAAAGACACUUAUCAGUUCUGUUCAUAGACUUCCUGCCAAGGUGAAAUUAUUAUUAUUAUUAGUAGUAGUAGUAACAAUUUAGAAGCUCUAGGAAACCAAGCAAACCUUGCUGUUGUGAAGUUACGAUUUUAGUAGUCGCCACCGCUUAGAACGGGUGCGUUUGUGUUGACGUGAUUCACCCGCAGUAAGCGAUGGAUGGUAUAAACAUCCACACAAUAACCUGACAUUCAAAAUGUCCCCCAAUCACCAGUACAGUAAUCAAAAUAAACAAGCGUGUAUGCGGUUAAAAAUCUUUAUUAAGACACUCAUUGCACUAAUAAAAAAGAUUAAUUAAAACCUAUGAAUGUAAUAAAAUAAGUGCAAAAAAGUAAUGCAAGUGCAGAAACGUACAGUACAGGUAGGCUACAUUACUGCAAAUUGUUUUCAGCGAAGAACUCUGACACCCAUCUGGACGAUCUUUUUGUGCAAACUCUGAUGUUGUCAGAGUUUCAGUUUCGAUUGUAUUUUCGUCAGCACUCGCCUCUUCAACUACUGAAAUCCCAGCUUUUUUGAAGCAACGUUGCAUUAUUUGCUGACUGACAGAGUUCCAGGCAUGCUUUAGCAAGCGUGCAGUAUCUAAACAGACAUUUUAUUUACACUGAAUUUUUGUGCUGAUGCUAAUCGUUUUUUUUUUCUUUCUAGCCAUGCCUGCUGUUGCAGUCAGUGCUGUUUUUUUUUCUCAGCCUUGUGCCUCACAUUCUAUAGCACAUAUACCUUUUUGGAUGAAUUAUGAUUCUUAACUACACAAGGCCUUGUCAACUGAUAUUUCUUGUCUCACCUAGUGAAAAGAAAUUGGGUACCAACAAGAUAUCAAAGUAUCAAUAAGUGUCCGAAAUUAAGUUUAAGGUACUGAGGCGCUGAAUAUUAUGACAUUUCUUCAAAUUUUACUUCCAACAUAAAAUCUAGGCCUUGUUUACAUCCUUUAAUAAAUCAUACUUAUAAUAUCGAUGUUUUUUUUUUUUAGAUACAGAAAAGGCAUACUGUAUUUCUGGGACAUCUGUUUUUAGAAAUGUUCUUACUCCAACAUAACCCAGAAAUAUUCAGUAAAUAAGGACAAAUAACAUGGCAAAUGCUUUAUUUGCUUAAUGGUUGGGCAGAUUACAAGGUGGCCAGCUGUUCAGCUCAAUAGAGGUCAACUGACAUUACCAAGCCUGUAAAAGCAGAUUGCAUUUAACACUUAAUAAAAUUCUGCAGUAAUAUUUCUGAAAUUUAAUAUUUAAAGCAAAGGCUACAAACAGAUCAUUUGUAACUAAAACUAUUAAAUUAAAAUUCCCAAAGUUAUGACUUACGAUCUUAAGAAUGUUACAUGCAUUGUAAUAAUAAGCCACAUUAUUACAUAGUAAUACUUGCACUAUAUUGCAUUUUGGAUGCUUAGCAAACAUAUAUUAAAAGAAUACCAAUACUAUGUUGCAAACAAAUGUGCUUCCUGAAGCACGUUAAGCUGUGAUGUACAAUUACUGUUUGACAUAAUACUUGUACUACAUAAGAGGCUUACUGUGGCAUGCAUACAAAAGCAUGAGCAAUAUCGCUUUCUGCUUGGUAACAUGCAAAUGGUGUUAACUGAAAAUGCAGAAAGAUCUGGAGCUUUAUGCUACUUGAUCGUAAAAGACCAUACACAUUGUACUGCUGCUGAAUAGUGCAAGCUUAAAUAUACUGCGAUCUUAAAUGUGUUUAAGCAGCAGUGUGGAGUAGUGGUUAGGGCUCUGGACUCUUGACCGGAGGGUCGUGGGUUCAAUCCCUGGUGGGGACACUGCUGUUGUACCCUUGAGCAAGGUACUUUACCUAGAUUGCUCCAGUAAAAACCCAACUGUAUAAAUGGGUAAUUGUAUGUACAAAUAAUGUGGUAUCUUGUAACAAUUGUAAGUCGCCCUGGAUAAGGACGUCAG